AUGCCGUCCCAAGAGCGGGACGUCUCUUCCCGCGAUCGGGAACUGGUUCGGCAUCAAGGCACUCCCACCGAGUCCGGCCGACUUUCUGUUCCAAUGUGGGACAGCUCUGAUCCCGAGCGUGCGCCUCCGCCGCUGCCCUUGAACCCUCGCUCCAUGAGUCCUGUGACCAGAUCCAAUGUGUCGCCCAACAUCCAAGCCGUCGCUGCCAAAUUCACCGACAAGCCAAGCGAACACGCACUCAGUUCCUACACAACAAACCCCAUGCCCAACAAAUCUUCAUCCCCAGAGCGGUCCCUAGUCAAAGGUCAUUAUCACAAGCGCAUGCAGUCACUACAGCCCGGAGACACAAAGGCCGAUGCUCGCUCUGAGUUCCUCAACUACCUCGAGAGUCGUUCGCCGGAGCGACCUCUCCGCGCUACCAUUAUUGACCCGACGUCCAACCCGCAGGAUACGAGCAAGACGUCCGAUCCUUCAAGGCCUAAGACAGCAGAUCGGGAGCUCCCUAGCUUCAUGUCUAGCCGAUAUCUCUCAAAACCUAUUAUUGGAGAGAAUACUCCUCCUUCUGCAACCAUGCUGGCCAUCCAAAACAUGCAGCUACCGCCUGAACCCGACUCACCAUCUCCCUCGAAACCUCCCAAGCUGAUUGCCGAUCGCUCAGCUGCAGAGACUCAAUCUCACACCAUGGAUACGCUUGCAACGCAAAUUCGUAGUCUUACCGAUAUUGCCAGCAACCUGCAGCGCGAAAUGUCCAACUUGAGCCGACGAAGCAAGGACAAUGCCACCGAUCUCGUUAGUCUGAAGGCAGCGACUAAUGCCCGCGACGAAGAUAUUCGGAAGAGUCUGAAGGAUCUCUCUUCUCAUUUAACCACCAGAUUUCUGGAUGGUGAUCUUACAAGGUUAGAACUCAGUGCUCUGCUGAAGGCUGGAGAUGGCCCUAAUCCCGGUGAACCGGAUAGUUCUCCCACGUCCAAGAGAAGCUACUCAGUCCCUCGCAUGCCCAGCCCUAAUCCUUUUGCCGCCCUCGAUCGUGAUACGUGUGUUUCGCCUGCACCGAUUUCGGACGGCUCAGCCAGUAUUGCUUUACUCGAAAAGGUGCUGCGCGAAAUGGCUACAAAGGAAGGUGAGGAACGGCUCUUGGAACUUGUGGAUGAAAUCAAGUCACGUCCGGCUGCAACCGCUUCGGACAAAGACGCCGAUACGAAGAUCACCACGAUGCUCGAAGAGAUUCUCAACCUAGUCAAGCAAGAGCCUUCCAACAACGCUUUGGUGCGCUCACUGAACGCUCUUGAGACCGCCCAAGCCAGUGAUACCAACCCCGACACUGCGCGAUCUCGGUCGAUAAGAUCAAUGGCGGACCCAACAGCAACAGUGCGAGCCCUGGAAGUGCCGAAGGGUGACAGGGCGAGUAGGCUCAUUGCCGGAAACGAGGACAUGCUUGCCAUUCUCCAGAGCGUGAAGAACAGCGUCAUGGAAAGCGGUGGCAUGACCAACAGUGUGAAGGCUUUGGUUCGAGAGUUGCGGGGAGAGGUCUUGGGUAUGGGUCGUGACAUAGCCCGCAAACUUGAAACCAUCGAGUCGGAUCGAGCAAACGGCGAGCAGCAACAGCAACCCCAGUUUGCGAGCCCGGAAGAGAUCGCCGCUGUUGUAAAUGACAGUCUCCACGAUCUGAGAGAUCAGCUGGCCGCUACUAUCAACGAAAGCCGACAGCAUUCCUCGGACUUGUCCCAAAUCCGAGCCGCGAUGAACAGCGCCGAAAUCUACUCAGCUGUCAAGAAGGCCCUCGACGAGUUCGAAAUCCCCCAGCCACAAGCAGCCGAGCCACACGGCCCGACUAUGGAGAAGGAGGACAUCCUGGAAACCGUUCGGGAAGCAUGGGAGACCUACAAGCCGGAGAUCGAAUUGCAAAACUUUGGCUUGGAGCGUGAUGAGAUUCUGGACUGCCUUUCAGAAGGUCUCAAGGACUACCAGCCAAAGCAUGAGCAAUCUGUCACCUACGAUCAGGUUCUGGCUGCUGUACAGACAGGCAUGCAGAGCUUUGUUCCUCCCCAAGCAGACCAUCCACCUAUGAUAACGAGAGAUGAGAUAAUUCUUACCAUCCGCGAGUGCCUCGAGAAGCCUGAGCCGGCUGCCAGAUCUUUGGACGAAGAUCAUGUUCAGCACCUCGAGGCGAUGCGCGACGAGAUCCUUCACGCUAUUGCAGAGCGUGCGCUUCCAGAUACUUCUUCCAGAGGUCUGGAUGAAGAACACGUUCACCAUCUCCAUUUCAUGCGCGAUGAAAUUCUUCAAGCGAUUGCAGACAGGGCAGUUCCAGAUAUUACUUCCAGGGGUCUCGAUGAGGAACAUCUUCACCAUCUUCAUUCCAUGCGCGACGAGAUUCUCAAUGCCCUCACCGGAUCUAUGGCUGCCCAAAGCAUGCUAAGCAAAGAUUCAUUUGACUCUGGUCUUGGUCGGGACGAAAUCGUCAGUGCCGUCUCUGAUGGUCUCGAGGCGCACUUCACCACCGCCAAGGAGAUGGAAGAGCCACGAAUUUCCCGCACGGACAUUGUGAAUGCCGUCAAUGACGCGUUCAAUGCACAGCAGUCCGCUCUCAGUAUUGGGACCGACUCCAACAUCUCUCGCGAAGAGAUCAUGGCAGCUAUUGUCGACGGCAUCGAGAUGUCACAGAAGUCCCAGGAAUCAGCUCUCAGUACCAAUGUGCAGCCCUCGAUUUCUCGCGAAGAGAUUCUGGACGCCAUUUCAGAAGGACUUGAGAAAUCACAGGAGUCCCAGAGGUCGGCCCUUAGCACCGAUGUCCAGCAGCCAAGUAUCACCCGCGAAGAGUUGUUCAACGCUGUUGUUGAUGGCAUUGAAAGCUCGAACACCAUGACCCGUGAAAUUGAAUUGAACAAGGACGAUCUCAUGGAGGCCAUCGGCGCUGCUCUUCAGGAGGCAAGCAGCUCGGCCAACCUGAACGUCGGUGACCAGGUGAUGGAGCGGCUGCAGGAUGUCGUUGAUGGAAUGAAGGAGGAAUUCAAGCAGUACUCCGCCGCUAAUGGCAAGGACACUGAGCAGGUUCUCGAUGCAAUCAAGGAUGGCCUUGAUGUCGUUCGGCGUGAGAUUGAGUCCUACGUCGUCACAGCCUCUGAUGACUCCGGAAAACUUGAGAUCAUCGACACUGUCAAGGAAGGAUUCCGACUGCUCCAGGCCGAUAUGGAGAAGACGAUCAAUGAGGCAUCUGCCAGCAAUAUGCCCCGUGGCAACCCUGAUACCCCGGAGCUUCUGGAUGCCAUGGAGAAGGAGUUUGAGCACUUGCGUGGUACAAUAAGUACCCUCCUUCUCCGCGAUACUACCCCUGGUGAUAAGGAUGAGAUCAUCGACGCCAUCCGUGACCUUGCCGAGCAGCAAAAGGCUAAGGCCGGAGAUGGACAAGUCCUCAACACCCUUCGUGAGGAAUUCGAGAACUUGCGUGAGCGUAUGGACAUGAGCGUUGUUCGCGCUGAGCCCGGAUCUGAGAAGGACGAGAUCAUCGCCGCUCUCCGCGAGCACUUCGAUAAUUUCCGUGAGGAAACCAUGUCCAAGAGAGAUGGUGGCGAAAGUACGUUCUCUGCUACUAGCGAGCUGCUUGACGCAUUCCACGACAACAUGGAUGCGAUCCGUGAUGAUCUGAAACGACUCAUGGACAAGCCGACUGAUUUCGAUACAUCCUCGAUACUCGAUACCAUCAAGGAUGGCUUGGCCGACCUCAAGGUUGACAUUGAUUCCCUUCGCCAGUCCCAGGGAGAGGUGGAUGGUGCCGAAACGACCCGUGGCGGUGAACUCAUGCUUGCCAAUGAGUCCGGCCUCGGAAGCGAUAUCGACAGCUUAAAGGUCUUGAUAACUGAACUUCAGAGCAAGGUCGAGUCUAUUGACUCUGCUCCUCGCGCUGCAGAGCCUGCUGAAGAUGCCCUUAAGCGAAGCCAUCUCGAUGAGGUUCUUCUCGCCGUCCAGGAGGUUCAGGUCGCCAUGGGUGCCAUCGGUGAUGUAGGUACCAGCCAGGAGUUACAUGAAGCUGCUGCUCGUAAGGAGGAUACCGAUGCUAUCCAGGAUAUCCUCAUGAGCACCAAGGCGCAGCUUGAUGAGAUGGCCUUUCCUGCUCCAGACGAGAUUGCUACAUCCCAACAAAUUGAUGCCCUUGAGACCAUGGUGCGCGAGGCCAAAGACACCAUCGCCGAUCUGUCAAGCCGCUUCGAGGCCGAUGCUCCUACGAAGGCUGAGAUUGGCUCCCUAGAGGGGUUGAUCAAGGACGUCUGGAUUGCUCUCGACGAGUUGAAAGGGAAGACCAAGGAAGGGGAGGAGGCGGAUGAGAAUUCUGAUACCGACAAGCUUAUGAAAUCCGACCUCCAAACCGUGGAGGCGAUGAUCUUCGAGGUCAAGUCUCAAGUUGAUGAGCUGAAGCUGCCAGAUGUGGAGACACUUCCCACCAAGGAGGAGAUCCAGGAGCUUUCGGCACUCGUUACCGAUUUCCGCGAAAAAAUGGAGGCCAACAACGAGAUGUCUGCUCAGGGCUUUGAGGCCCGCAAGGUUGAGCAUGGUGGACUUGCCGAGAAAAUCGAGGAAGCCAAGUUUGUGGUUGGCGAGCUUGGCGACGAGCUCAAGAGCAAGCUUGAUGGUAGCACUGAAGGUCUUACCGAGCUGAAGCAGCUCCUGGAGGGACUGGCGAUAAGUGCCGAAAAUUUCAGCACCGUCGACAGCAUCAAGGAACUGACCGAUCUCAUCAACCGAGAAUUCGAGCGUGCUCGCGGGGAAGAGGAUGCAAGCAGGCUUGACAAGGAGGAGCGCGAUGCUGCCGCCAUGGUCAAGCACGACGAGACGCGGGCCGCCGUUAUCGUGGAACUCGGAGCCAAAAUUGACGAGAAGAUUGGAGAGGUCAUAGCUAAGUAUGAAGACGCUCAUGCCUCCCUCCACUCCAAAUUCUCGGAGGCCGAGGAGCGUGAUAUGGCACAUACCGAAGCUGUCACCAGCACCAAGGGCCUCGCGGAGGAAAUCAAGCUUGUCAUCGGCGAAAUGGGUACUAGUGUCAAUGAAACCUGCGAGCGCAUUGGUGUCGAUACAAAGACUCUUUUCGAAAAGGUUGAUGAGUCCUACAACCGCAUGGAAGAGAUGCAACAUGAAGUGAAGGCACAGCAAGAGCAGUCUCGCGGUGACACUGAAAGGGCUGCUGCCGCCACUGAGCGCGUUGAGAGCAAGCUCCUUGAAUUCCACCCCCAAAUUCUAGAGACCGUCCAGGAGAUUCUCAAUGUUGUCAACCAGCACUACGACCAUUCUCAAAAGUCCGCUGAGGAGGUCAGGUCGGAGCUAUCUUCUCUCCCCAACGCCAUUCCAACUAUGCUGCCAGCCUUGCCUCCUCCAGAGUCGUCUCGAGAUCUUGAUGAUCCAGUCCACGAUAAACUCAACGAUCUGCUAGAGCACGCCAAGAACAACCAAGUCCAAGAAGUUCUCACUACGCUUCUUGAUCAUGCAAAGAACGACCAGCUUCAUGAAAAGCUUGAUCGUGCUUUGGACCAAGGCUCUGGUAACGAGCAGAUCUACGAGAAGCUCAACCAACUCCUCGACCACGCCACUAGUGGCACAGGAUCUGUCCAUGAGAAAUUGGAUACCUUGCUUAACCGUCCCGCCCCUGCAUCGGAUUCUGAGAACUCUGUUACCCAGAUGAUGAAGCUUGACGAGAUGCACAAGGACAUCAUGGAAAACACUCGUCGCAUGAACGAGAUGUUCGCUGCCCAGGCUGUCCUGGUAGCCGAGGACACCGAGCGCAAGCGCCGGGAGGCGGAGGAAGCGGGUAUUGCCUUAGAGCGCCGAACUGCUCAACGAGAGCAGGUAGAAGCUGAAAUUGUUGGGUUGCAUGAGGAGAAGGACUCUCUUUUGAAGAUGAUCCACACUCUGAAGACCGAGAAGGACGAAUUGGUCAAGCAAAACACCAAGCUCAGCAAGGAGGUCUCCGGCCUCGAGACUGCUCUCGAAAUCCGCCACGAGGAGAUGCAACACAUGGAGGACCGGGCUGACGGUCUGGAAAAGCGCAUUCUGGAGGGUGUUCUUGACCAUGCCCGCUCCGUGCUCCUCAGCCGUUCCAAUAGCGUGCAUGCCAUGAGCCUGAAGCGCAACCGCAGUGCCCGCUCUUCCCGUACCCGUGCCCGCAGCCCUAGUGUGAUGAGCACCGCCAGCACGGCCCGCGACUCCAAAGAUGCCCGCAGUCUCCUUGGCAAUGGAGUCGGUAUGGCGCUGAAGCGCCGAAUGCCCAACAACCUUCAAGCGGGUACCGCUGCCAUCCAGCCAAACAUUGGCAAGGAGCGCCGAAUUCUGAGCUUGAGCCAUGUCACUGGUAAUCGGGGCGCUGAUCGUCAGGCCAGCGCCAACAGCGGUAUCACUAGCCUCAAGCGCAGCCACUCGGUCAAGUCUAACUUUGCUCUCCGGAAGACUUCGUUGCCUAAUCGAACCUCAGUUGCAAACAAAGAGAACGAAGCCUUCCCUGAGGAAGAGGAGCCGGAGAGCGAGGCAGAGAGUAAUGCCGGAACCGAUCGCCGGACGAGCUAUACUAGCGCCGGUCGCAAGACCUCCUAUGCCGAGACCUGCACCGACAGCAUGGUGAGUGGUGUCACUGAGAGCGUGGCUUCAGCCGACCGUCGCUCCAGCGGUGUAAGCAUCAGCACAGCGGAUGCUAGUACCGUUGACGGGCAUGCGGACGUCCCAGCCAGCUCCAUCGCUGAUGAUGACCACGUGGACGAGCAAAGCUAUGUAUCCGACAGGGAGUCAGAGUCAGACGAUGAUGCCAGGACCGCCAGAGAAGAUAAUGAUAACGAGGAGGAAGAUGCAAAGGAUCCAGAGACCGAAGAUGAAUAUGACGCACAGGAUGCCAUCUCGGAUACUGCUUCCGCCAUGGAGGCCGAAAUUUUGAAGUCGCUGGAACCGGCAGGUGACAGUGCCCUUGGUAUCGAGUCAGUCGUCGGUGCUACUUGA